AUGACCGACAGUAUUGACCCUAUUCAACAAGCCACUACUGUUGCCGCAGCAACACCCAGUAUAGUCGAUGACACACCAUUGGAAACCACUUCUGUUACCAGUGAUAUAAUCACUGAACAAAAACCUACCAAUGUUGAGGAGACUACUACGACUAUUACCGCUACUACAGAUUCACAACUUCCUGCUCCAAUAUUGGACUCACAGGACAAGAAUCUUGAACAGGUUGUAGAUGGUACUCAAAAAACACCAAUGGUUCCAGCUCCGGCUCCUCCUCAGGAACCUAAUAUGAAUAAUUUACCAGAGGUUCCAAUACCAAAACAUCAACAAAGACACGCUUCAAUGGCAAUAAAAGCUGUUAAACGAUUAAAAGAUGCAAAGCCUUUCUUAAAACCCGUAGAUAUAGUCGCUCUAAAUAUACCUCUCUAUUACAAUUAUAUUGAUAGACCAAUGGAUUUAUCCACAAUGGAAAAAAAAUUAAAUGUAAAUGCUUAUGCGACUCCAGAAGAAAUAAUGAACGAUUUUAAUCUAAUGGUUCAUAAUUGUAUUAAAUUUAAUGGACAAACUGCAGCCAUCGCUCAAAUGGCAAGGAAUAUUCAAGCGGCUUUUGAAAAACAUAUGCUUAAUAUGCCUGCGAAAGAAUUGCCCGUGUCUAAUACACAAACUAAGUCUCGUAAAAGAAAAAAUAAUGGUACUGAUGAUGUAGAUGAUACCCCUGUAAUCAUAAGAAGAGCUCAAACUCAUAAUGGUAGACCAAAGAGAGAAAUUCAUCCACCAAAAUCAAAAGAUAUUUAUCCAUAUGAAAACCCAAAACCCAAGUCCAAAAAACUACAACAAGCAAUGAAAUUUUGUUCAAAUAUAGUUAAAGAGUUGACAAGCAAAAAAUAUUCUUCAUUUAAUUAUCCUUUCUUAGAACCAGUUGAUCCAGUGGCAAUGAAUUUACCAACCUAUUUCGAUUUCGUCAAAGAUCCAAUGGAUUUAGGUUCAAUUGCUAAAAAACUAAGUAAUUGGGAAUAUAAUUCAAUGGAUCAAUUCGAAUCGGAUAUAAGACUAGUAUUCAAUAAUUGUUACGCUUUUAAUCCAGACGGUACUAUCGUCAAUAUGAUGGGUCAUAGGUUAGAAGAAAUUUUUAACAAUAAAUGGGCUGAUAGGCCUGCUUUUAAUGAGGAUAUGGAUAGUGAUAGUGAAAGUGAAAAUAGUGUGGAUUACUAUUACGAUAAUGGUAAUGCAAACUAUGAGUCUGAUAUUGAUGAAAGUUUAAUAACUAAUCCUGCAAUUCAAUAUCUAGAAGAACAAUUAACAAGAAUGAAAGUUGAAUUGCAACAAUUGAAAAAACAAGAACUAGAUAGAAUCAGAAAAGAAAGAAGGUUGGCAAGAGGUACAAAAAGAUCAUCAAGUGGUAGGAGAGGUUCCGCAAAAUUAAGAAAAUCAAAUCAUCACCAAAAAUCAAGUAAGAAGAAAUUCAAAACCGUAGUUACUUACGAAAUGAAACGACUUAUUACUGAUCAUGUCAACGACUUAGAUACAGAUGAUUUAGCAAAAGUUGUUCAUAUUAUUUCCCCAGGUGCUAAAUUAGAUGAAGAAAUCGAGUUUGACUUAGAUGCCUUAGAUAAUGACACCAUUUUAACUUUGUACAAUACCUUUUUCAGAAAGUUCGAUGAAUCUGCAAAUCUAAGCGGUGCUAUAGAAUCAAAUCAUCGCGAGGCCCCUUCACUAUCACCCACUAAUGGUGUAAAUAAAAAAAGAAGAUCAAAAGCAUUGACGGAGGAAGAACGUACAAGACAAAUUGAAAAAAUUAAAAAUAAAUUGGCUUAUCUGGACCAUGCUUCUCCAAUUAGUCAGAACGCAUCCCCAACAAAUACUGCCUAUAGUAACAUUAAUAGAAGUCUGAAUACAACUUCCUCCUCCUCUGAUGAUGAUAGUGAAAGUGAAAGUGAAGAAGAGUGA